AUGCAAAAAUCCGAGUAUUCGAGCGGGCCGUCAACAAGUGCCAUGGCCAUAAAGUCCACACUUCAGACUGAAAAUGAAGGCAAAGACAAGGAUAUGGACAUGGACAUGACCAACAGGACUGCUGUGGACUUGGAUGACUCCCAGUCAGGCAAGACUCCCAAGCCUCUUACCGGCCUGACACUCCUUGCUCUGAUGGCAAGCAUAACUCUGGCUGCAUUUCUGCUGCUUCUCGACGCCUCGAUAGUCGCCACGGCCGUGCCCAAAAUCACCGGCCAAUUCCAUUCUCUCGACCAAGUUGGCUGGUAUGGAACUGCAUACCUCGCAGCCAACUGUGCAUGUCAGCCUCUUACUGGAAAGAUCUAUACCUUCUUCAGCAUCAAAUGGACGUAUCUCACCUUUUUCGCCUUGUUCGAAAUUGGGUCUGCAUUGUGCGGUGGUGCCACCUCGUCGAAUAUGCUGAUUGUAGGUCGUGCAGUAGCAGGCUUGGGUGGAUCGGGCCUACUCAAUGGGAGUUAUACAAUCAUAGCUGCAACUCUGCCAGUUGCAAAACAGCCAUCAUAUCGUGGAAUCUUGAUGGGACUUGCUAUCCUCGGUCUAGUAGGCGGCCCAUUGAUUGGUGGCGUUCUGACUGAGUAUGCGUCUUGGAGAUGGUGUUUCCUGAUCAACCUGCCCUGUGGUGGCGUAGUCGCACUCUUUCUCAUCCUCAUCCCAAUCCCGGAUAUGGGCGCCACCAGCGACGGAAAACAGACCGUGCUUGGGCGGCUACGAAGACUGGACUUGAUAGGAUUCGUUCUGUUUGCACCCACCAUGCUCAUGCUCAUAUUUGCAUUGGAGUGGGGUGGCGUCAAUUACGCCUGGAAGAGUGCGAUGAUAAUCGGCCUGUUUUGCGGCUCGUUUGGCAAUCUGCUCGUCUUCAUAGCGUGGGAACAUCGCAUGGGCAGUGGUGCCAUGAUACCACUGGCCCUCAUAAGGAGGCGGGUUAUAUGGAGCAGCUGUCUCAACAUGGCCUUCAUGGUAGGGUGCACAAUGGUCAUAACCUACUAUUUCCCCAUAUACUUCCAGGCCGUGCGGGGUGCUUCACCUACCCAAAGUGGCGUUGAUAUGCUUCCUCAGAUACUCAGCAAUAUGAUUAUUACGAUUAUCACCGGUAUAUUAGUGGGACGUGUUGGCUAUUACGUUCCCUUCUCCCUAGCCAGCGGGAUUUGCAUGUCCAUCGGAUCCGGUCUCAUUUCGACCAUCACUGCAACAUCUCCAAACGCCCCACGAAUAGGAUACCAGAUUUUGCAGGGCGCCCAGGGAUUCGGGUUUCAGAUUCCCAUCCUCGCGGUUCAGGACAGCAUACGCAGGGAAGAAGUCUCUACUGCGGUGGCCAUGGUGGUCUUUUCUCAGAACUUUGGCGGUGCCAUUUUCCUGGCUAUUGCAGAGGUGAUCUUCUCCGGCCAGCUGAGGCGCGAGCUGGCCAUUCAUGCACCGGAUGUCAAUGCCGAUGUGGUCAUUGCGGCAGGCACGUCGGCGGCAGAUGUGCGUGCCGCGGUGUCGCCGUCAAUGCUCCCAGGUGUGCUGGUGUCGUACAGCAAGACGUUCAAUCAUGUCACGUACCUGGCUGUUGGUGCAGCAUGUGGUGUCUUCGUGUCGGCCACGGCUAUGGGCUGGGUGCGUCUGCGGAAGGAGGAAGACGAGGAGGAGGCCUAG